CCGCCUCCCACUGUCAGGCUUUGCAGAUGCUGACCUCAAGCCUCUCUCAUCAGGCGAGGAUCGCUCCUGCUGAACCUCCACGUCUCGUGAGGCUCCAGUCAGGACGCACGGAGGACAUCAAGUCUCUGGUGUUAUGUACAAGGUCUUUGUGCCCUGUUAAUAGCUCAUCCAUCAACUGAGGAGUGAAGAGCUGCAAUAUCUUGGACAAACAGUGACCAAGACCCUUCAGGGUUUAAUCAUCAGUCCGAUAUGGGGAAAGUCUACAAUGUCAGUAAAAACGUGGUCCUCGGACUUCUUGUACUUGCAGUCAGCGCUCUAGUUACAAUAAUUGCUCUAUCCAUUGCUUAUGAUAAGCAAAGGGCCAAGAAUCAAGGUAAGCCUGGAGAUGAAGCAGAUAGCAGUAGCACAUCUUUACCCCCGACGACCCCCUUCACCCCAAAGCAGCCUUGGGACUACUAUAGACUUCCAGACUCCCUCAUCCCUCACUCUUACAAUGUGACUCUGUGGCCCCGGCUGAAGCCCAACGAAGACGGCAUGUACAUCUUCACUGGAAAUUCUGCUGUGGUCUUCAGGUGUGAAAAGGAAACAGACCUUGUAAUUAUCCACGCCAAUAAGCUGAACUUCACCACUUACUUUGGGAACCACGCUGAGCUUAGUGCCCUGGGCCGCGUCGCUGUGCCCGCCAUACGGAGGACGUGGCUUGUGGAGAGGACGCAGUACCUCGUUAUUCAACUGAGCAGCAAGCUCGCAGCGGGAGAAUCCUAUGUUCUCCACACGCAAUUUCGUGGGGAGCUGGCAGAUGACCUGGAGGGCUUCUACAGGAGCGAAUACAUGGAUAACGGAGUAAAGACAGUUGUUGCCACAUCGCAGAUGCAAGCAACAUAUGCCAGAAAAGCGUUUCCGUGCUUUGACGAACCAGCCAUGAAAGCAGUAUUCAAUGUGACCAUUAUACACGAACACAACACCAUGGCUCUCUCUAAUAGCAUUGAAAUGUAUUCUUCACCCUACAUCCUUGAAAACACUGCUGUCAUUGGUACUGUAUUUGAGCCAACUAAGAGAAUGUCAACCUAUCUAUUGGCAUUUAUCGUCUGCCAAUUUGAUUUCAUUCAGUCAAACCAAAGCGAUUUGUUGAUCCGAAUCUGGGCUCGCAGACAAGCCAUAGGUGGUGGGCAGGGCAAUUAUGCUCUUAAUGUUACAAGGCCGAUCCUUCAGUUCUAUGAGAAAUACUAUAAUACAACCUAUCCCCUCUCUAAGUCAGAUCAGAUAGCUCUUCCUGAUUUCAACGCUGGAGCCAUGGAAAACUGGGGUCUGGUGACAUACAGGGAAACGGCUCUGCUGUACGACCCCGUGCUUUCCUCCACAGGAAACAAAGAGAGGGUCGCUACUGUCAUCUCUCAUGAGCUCGCUCACAUGUGGUUUGGAAACCUGGUGACUUUACAUUGGUGGAAUGACCUAUGGUUGAACGAGGGCUUUGCUUCAUACGUGGAAUACCUCGGAGUUGAUUAUGUUGAGCCCACCUGGAACAUUAAAGACCAGAUCAUUCUUUAUGACGUGCAGAAGGUGUUUGCCAUAGACGCCCUGGCUUCGUCUCACCCUUUGUCCCGCAAAGAAGAGGAGGUCAACAAGCCCGCUGAAAUCAGUGAGAUGUUCAACACCAUCUCCUACAGCAAGGGUGCAGCGGUGCUCAGGAUGCUGUCAGAGUUUCUCAGCGAACCGGUGUUUGCCAAAGGACUCAGUUCUUACCUCAACACAUUUGCCUUUGACAACACAGUGCAUACUGACCUGUGGGAUCAUCUCCAAACGGCAGCUGAAAACACACCAGGUUUGAAUAUUCCACACACUGUACAUGAGAUCAUGAACCGCUGGACUCUCCAAAUGGGCUUCCCGGUGGUCACCAUUGACACCAGAACAGGAGCGGUCAGCCAGAGACACUUCCUGUUGGAUUCGGCUGCCAAAGUGGACAGGCCAUCCCCAUACAAUUAUACAUGGUUUGUCCCAAUUAAAUGGAUGAAGAAUGGUGUGGAUCAGCAGCAAUAUUGGCUCCUUCAAAAAACAGACACCCAUUCUCAGAUGAGACUUUCAGGAGACGACUGGAUACUAGCAAACACGAACGUGUCUGGUUACUUCAGGGUUAACUACGAUGCUGACAACUGGGGGCGUCUCCUGUCUCUGCUUAACACUAAUCACCAGGUUUUAUCUGUAAUGAAUCGAGCACAGAUUAUUGAUGAUGCAUUCAAUCUGGCAAGGGCAAAAAUAAUCCCUACAACUAUGGCUCUGAGAACUACUAAAUACCUUUCGGAAGAGAGAGACUAUAUCCCCUGGGCAUCUGCUCUGAGAAACCUCGACUACUAUAUCCUCAUGUUUGACCGCACUGAGGUCUAUGGAGUUUUACAGGCAUACCUCAAGAAACAAGUCAGACCACUUUUUGAGUAUUUUAAAAGAACCACAGCAAAUUGGGUCAACAUACCUACAGGACACACGGACCAGUAUAAUCAAAUCAAUGCUAUUAGGAUGGCAUGCGGUAUGGGUGUGGAGGGCUGCAAGGAGCUGAUAAACAGCUGGUUCAGACAAUGGAUGGAAAAUCCAAAUCACAACCCGAUACAUCCCAACUUGAAGGGUACCGUUUACUGCAGCGCCUUAGCCUUUGGCGGGGUUCAGGAGUGGGACUUUGCCUGGCAAAUGUUUAAGAACGCCUCUCUGGCCUCCGAAGCUUCCAGGCUCAGGUCGGCUCUAGCCUGCACCAAAACGCCGUGGCUCUUGAACAGGUAUCUGGAAUACACCCUCGACCCGACUAAGAUCCGCAAACAAGAUGCCACCUCCACCAUCCAGUACAUCGCAAGCAAUGUUGUGGGAAUGCCCCUGGCUUGGAACUUUGUCCGAGCAAAAUGGAGUUAUAUCUUCCAAAAGUAUGGGAGAGGAUCUUUUUCCUUCUCUAAUCUCAUCAGCGGAAUCACAGUGAGGUUUUCCACGGAGUUUGAGUUACAGGAGCUGAAGAAAUUCAAAGAAGAGAACCUCCAUGUUGGUUUUGGCUCAGCUACCAUGGCCCUGGAGCAAGCCAUCGAAAAGACGACUGCCAACAUUAAGUGGGUGACAGAAAACAAAGCUGAAGUGCUCGAGUGGUUUACUAAGGAGACUAUGGGAGGACAUUCCAGAUGACACUCUGCUUCUGUAUUUUCUAGAAAGUGUAAUGAUUAACAGAAACAGUAAAAAAAAUCAAGUACAAAAGCUGCACAAAGACGUUUUUCACAGCAGUGACAGACUCAGCUGAAAGAAGCAAAGAAAGACUGUACUUUAGUUUUAUUAGAAGUAUACAUCAAAAUAAUACUAAAUAUAAUGUAUGCAAAGUAUAAUAUACUCUGUAUUUGCUGAACAUGAUACACUGAUGUGGUUUUAGGAAGCAGCUACCUCUGACUCGGACUCCACAUGUGGGUUAACCCUGAGCAUUUUAAUACUGAUGCUGAUGGGAGGCUGGCUACCAUUAAUGCAAACUUCACACUGUGAAUUGACUUUGGUGUCUUAGAAUAUAACAAACGAAGAAACGAAUAAUAAAAAAAACAAGUUGUUUGCCUUAUGUGUGUGAGUAUUGAUCUUGAAACAUGCAACAACUGGACACGGUUGUAAUCCUUUCAAAUAAAGAAAAUGGCAGGAAACCAUA